AUAAACUUUAUCGACAAUGGCACAUCGUGACAGGGUCUCGCCGUUACUAGGCUUCGUUUGGUUGCCAAGGGGAGGGAGAAUCAUGGCGGCUUAUUCAGUUGUGGUUCCCGGCUCUAGAGCCCGCCUGUGGCUUAUCUAGAGGAGCGAGGUGACAUACGGAGUGAACGGCCGGUGCACUGGUGCUGAAGAGCAGAUGGAAGAUUCGUCUCUCACAGUUGAAGUGUAUGAUGGAAAUUACAGACCUCUCAUCUUUUUAAUAUACUGAAGAGGGAUGGAGAAGAGAGCAUUAAAUCCGCCUUCUGUGUCUCUCGCUCCCAAAGGAGUGGGUCACAGUGGGCUGAUCCCUCCAUCUCACUUUGAAACUCGUCGGCAGACGUUGCCUCCUCUCCCUCCUGUGCCGCCCCUGGCAUCGCCGACUAAUUGUGAGCCCUGGGAAGAGCUGUCAAAAGAGCUGUCAAAGCUGAAACAAGAGAACGAGGAGCUGAGAAAGAGACCAGACAGAGAGGAUGGAGCUAGAGCCAGGUCUCUGGAGCGUCAGCUUCCUGACGUCGCACCGACUGAGUCUCGGGCCCUGGAAAUUAUCGCCCAUCAGAUGCGUGAAAUGCAGAAACUAGAGAGGGCAGUAGCUGAUGCCCAGGAUAAAGAGGAGGAACUGCGGAGGCUGGCACAGGAAGUACCGGCAUUGAAGCUGGUUGUCACCAAGGCUGGGCAGGCAGAGGAGAGAAGGAAACAAGAGGAGGAGAGGAGAAGACAGGCUGAGGAGACAGCUGAACAGCAACGGCUGGAGGAGCUUCGAUUAUUGUCAGAGAGUCACAAGAUGGAGUUGGAUAGUGCAAGGAGCAAAGUGCAUAUUCUGGAAAUGAAGCUACAGGAAGUACAUGAGCGGAAAGCGCAGGAAGUGACAGGCCUGACAGAGGAGCUUCAAGCAGCCAAUCACAAGAGUGAAACUGCGGAAGCACAAUUGAGUCAUUGCCACUUGGAGCUUGAACGCCAGAACUCCCUGGUGCAGCAGCUGAGGACAUACAUCGGAGAGCUUGUUCCAGAUAAUCGUCACGCGGAGGAGCAAAAGAUGGAGAUGACGGAACUCAAGAACACAAUACAGAUUCUGGAGAAGGAGCGAGAUGCUCUGCAGACCUCCAUGUCUCUCCUUCAGACCCGCCUGUUGUCCCUCACACACAUUCUGUCACUUCAGGAAAGUGAUCUGUGUAAAAAGACAGGCACCCACACGGACGGGCAGAAGACCCAGAUGCUGCUCAAACGGUGGAGAGAGAAAGUUUUCAGUUUGAUGGUGCAGCUGAAAUCGGAAGAAAUCAACAAGGAGAGCGAUGACCGGAAGAUACGAGAACAGAUUUGUUCCCUGGAAAAUGCUCUGCAAGAGAGUAAUCAGCAGUUGGCCCUCUACUCGCAUACCAUGCAAGACCGCACGGCUGAACUAGAAAUAGAGCGGGUCCAAAACAAGUGUUUGCAGGACAAGCUGGGUUCCGCUGUUGCUACAUCCUCCCGUCUGUCCAGUAGAAUUGAGAAAGCUGAACAGACUGCGCUACAGUUAAAGCAAAUGAUUGACCGCUUUGUGCAGGCGCUGCCUACACAGGAAACGUCCCUUCGGGGGGCGCUGCAGCGGAUGGUGACGCUGGGCCAGAGGGUCUCAUUUGCUGCCAAGAGAGUGGACACGAUACAGGGUUUGGUAGCACAAAGACUUGCUCUGGUGAAGCUGGCACAGGAGGAACGGCCCAGUAAUACGGUGACAGAAGCUGACAUCUGCCGCCCAUCAUACGAGGAUCUGGAGUCCGAGAUAAAGCUCCUUAAUGGGGAGAGAGAGCGUCUGAGUGCGGAGCUGAAGCGCGGCGUUCUGAUUAUAGAGGGGAAGGUGACGGAGACCAGGGAAAGAUUGGAAGCAGAGAUAGAGGACUGCCGUCAGACUACGUCUCUCCUGCGCCAUUCUCUCCACGAGGCAGAGGAGAGGGAGGGAGCCCUGAGAGAGCAAGUGGCAGAGCUGGAGCGCAGAUUGCAGGAGGCCUGUGAGACCAGCGCUCAACUGAAAGAGCAACUGAAUGGCCAGAAGGGGGAGUAUGAGAGAGAGCUGCAGCAUAAAGUGAGUGAAGUGGAGGAGAAGACAACUCAGCGCUUGGCUCAGAUGGAGAAGCAGCUACACGAGGCGAGACGAGAGCACACUAAAGCGGUGGUGGCUCUACGGCAGACUGAGCGCCAGAUGCAGCGAGAGAAGACACGCAGCCAGGAAACCAUGCACACGCUAGAAGACGGCGCUCGUUUGCGCGAGGAGCAGCUGAGCCUGCAGCUAAGGGAGGCAGACAGGGACAAAAACCUUAUGAUUGCCACACUCCGUCAGGAGGGAUUAUUGACCACAUACCAGAAGAACAGGACUGCUGCCGUCCAGCUGGCAGACACCAGCACUGAGAAGGGACACCGACCUGGAGAGGCUUUUGGAUCUGGUUGCACUCCUGGGCUUAAAGAAUCUAUAUCCAGCAUGCUGGCCAAUCUGCAAAGCCUCGGAGCCACGUUACUCAGUGAUGAGGACGGUGAGGAUGAAAAAGACUUCAACCAUUAAGGGGGCAGACAGCAUGACAUGUAUAUUGUGAUUGUACUGGUGAUAUUAUAGUGAAAGAUGUGUAAGAUUUAAUAAAGGGGGUACACACGGAGCGAUGUUCAGCUAAUUUCUAAGCAAUCUGACUAGAAAUUAGCUGAACAUCGUUCCGUGUGUUGGGGUGUUGGCGACAGCAAUGCGUGGUCCCACGCCUCGCUAUCGCCGGUGCUAGAUUGGCCUGCAUGCAGGCACAAUCUAGCAGCUCGCUCAUUUCACCGCUGGGUGUAAUGAGCGGCCCCCAUGUCGGUCCAACUUCCCCUUGCUCACCACAUCGCGCUGUGCUGAGCGGUCUGUGGUAGAUCGCUCAGCACUCAUCUCUGGGGAAAUCUCCCAGUCAGUACAGCCCUUUACAGUCUCGGCGAUCUCUCUCUCUCUCUCUCUAUCUCUCUCUCUAUCUCUCUCUCUAUCUCUCUAUCUCUAUCUCUAUCUCUCUCUAUCUCUUGUGAUGUAUUGAUGUUCUCAGAUUCUGUAUAAUACUAAUAUAUAAUUAUUAUUAUUAAUGUCAGCAGGGGACUUGAAGUAACCAUAGCAUAGAGUGGUAUUUGGAACAUUCCACAUUAAGUUGCAAGGUGGAACUAUGCAAAUUCUGUGGCAGUCAUGUGUCAGUGGUCCACGUAAUUACAUUCUAAACUGUUGUUUAUAUACAGAACUACAAUGAACGGGAGUUGCCUUAAGUUUGUAAAUGAGGUUAUGUAGAUAAAUAUUUAUUUUGGUAAGACCAGAACAUUGAUGUAUGGUUACUGAUUUAUUAAACGUCCUUUUCUACAA